AAGAAAUUUUGAAUUUCAUUUCUAGUAUAUGUAUUUAGAGGCAGGCAAAUUAGGGGGGGGGGAGCCAUUUUCCACUAUUAUUCUCCUCAGAUGGUAUCGAUUCAAGUUCCGUUUGAAACGUUUCUCCAGCACAAACAGCAUAAUAACAGGGAAGUUCAUUGGCUGCAGUCUGCGAUGUUUUUUUUCACCCUCCUCUCAUAGCGCUACACAUUAUGUCACUCCCUAAAAGACAAACAAGGAUAAGGAAUACCCAACGAGGGCAUGUGGGUUACCCCGGCGGUGAAGGCACCGGCCUGAGACCUACUCGGAUGAUAGUGUCUCUGUACGAGACCCUGUCAGAAGUUCAUGGACGAAAGAGUGCCUUUAUUUUUUUUUUUUAACAUUCUGAUCCCAGCACCAGUCGGAGGUUCAGUCCCCCGUCAAGCAGCCUGCAGCCGGUCCCCGGGAAGAUGAGCGAUGUGAGCGCGGCGACGGGCCAACAGGACUCGGCGGUCCCUCGACUACGGCCGCACGAGAACCGCACCAUGGUGGAAAUCAUCGCCGACCACCCCGCCGAGCUCGUCCGCACUGACAGCCCCAAUUUCCUCUGCUCUGUACUACCGUCUCACUGGAGGUGCAAUAAGACGCUACCCGUAGCAUUUAAGGUGGUGGCCCUUGGGGAGGUCCCCGACGGGACAGUUGUAACAGUGAUGGCAGGAAACGACGAGAACUACUCGGCUGAGCUUCGUAACGCUUCUGGGGUCAUGAAGAAUCAGGUGGCUCGAUUUAAUGACCUGAGGUUUGUGGGCAGGAGUGGAAGAGGCAAGAGUUUCACUCUGACAAUCACCGUAUUCACGAACCCCCCCCAAGUGGCUACUUACCACCGAGCCAUAAAGGUCACCGUGGAUGGGCCGCGCGAGCCCCGAAGACACAGACAGAAGCUGGAGGACCCUCCAAAGCCCGGCUUGUUCGCGGACCGUCUGAGUGAGCUGGAGCGCAUCCGUCAGACCACCAUGAGGGUUACCGUGCCAACGCAAAGUCCCCGCCCGUCAUUGAACGCAGGGCCAAACUCCUUCAAUCAACAGGGACAAACCCAGAUCACUGAUCCGCGCCAGUCUCAGUCGUCCCCUCCCUGGUCCUAUGAGCAGCCCUACACGCCAUACCUGAGCCAAAUGACGUCUCCGUCCAUUCACUCCACCACACCUCUGUCCUGCUCCCGUGCCACGGGGCUGCCCGCCAUCAGCGAUGUGCCCAGACGGCUCUCAGGAGCCUCAGAUCUGAGCCCAUUCUCUGACCCGCGGCAGUUUGCUGGCCUCUCCUCCCUGACAGAGAGCCGCUUCUCCAGCCCCAGGAUGCAUUACCCUGCCACCUUCACCUACACGCCCACCCCAGUCACCUCGGGCAUGUCCUUGGGUAGUGCCCAUUACCACACCUACCUGCCGCCUCCUUAUCCUGGAUCUACCCAAAACCAAAGUGGACCGUUCCAGACCAGCAGUACCCCCUAUCUCUACUAUGGCGCCUCUUCUGGGUCGUACCAAUUCUCCAUGGUCCCAGGGGGAGAUCGUUCACCUUCCCGGAUGCUCCCACCUUGCACUAGCGCCUCCUCUGGCAGUUCCCUGAUCAACCCCAACCUCAGCAGCCAGACGGAUGGGGUGGAUGCCGACGGCAGUCACAGCAGCUCCCCUACAGUACUCAACUCCAGUGGACGAAUGGAUGAGUCCGUCUGGAGGCCAUAUUGAUGUUCCAGGACCACAGAGCUUGCAAGAACCACAGUCAGUACUGUACCAAUAUAACAUGGUUUUCUAAGCACAAACUUUUAUUAAGGAAUCAUCUUUUUUUAAAGGACCAUUGUGAAUAUUUUUAUAUUUCAACAUUAACUUUUUAAUUGGGAUGCUGAUGGAAAGCUCUGAGGAAUUUCCCUUAAAUAUUUAUUUAUGUGACUGUUCCAGAUGCAGGAACAGUGUCAGAUGUAGGGGGCACCCUUGAGCAGGAAAGGCUUUUCCAUAAACAAGGAUAUCAUGGUGACAUUUUCACGUUCCUCCACGGAAGUAGUGUCAAAUUGAAUGACAUUUAUUAAUUAGCACAUUUAUAGAAAUGACAAGAUUCCCAUUUUCUACUCACAUUUAGCAUGUGCUUGAGGCUGUUUGCUGGGAAAUACGCACACAUGUGUGUUGCGUGAAAAUGUCACAUCUGAUUGUAUGGGGAAUUCAGUUUAAGUAUUUCAGAAUUUCCUAUUACAAUUUAAAUGUUUUUACUGGUUUUUUUUUUUUUAAAUAGUUAACUUGUUCAGUCAUGCUGGUACUCAAUUGAAGUGUGUGUGUGUGUGUGUGUGUGCACGUGAAUGUGAGAGAGAGUUAGGGAAAGUCUUAUUCAGUGGUAUCAGAAAAAAAAUUUGGCAAACAUUGUUUUAACUUAAACAGUAAAUUGUAGCAGCAAAGGGAUUCCGGUAUUGAUUUAAAAUGAGAAAUAAUAUCAUACAAAGUUAUAAAAUGGUUUAAUGUAUUCAAUAGUUUAAAGUUAAUUUUAAAGCCUAUGUAAUUAAGUUAACCGUGAUUUUUUUAUAAGUAAUUUAUAUAAUUAGUGCGAUUUUCUAUUUUGGAAACCCAAAGAUUUUUUAAAAUUGUUUCUUAUGUUGCUUGUGUUAAGUUAAAAACUGUGGAAUGUCAAACAUUCGCAUGUGGGACACCGUGACAGCGGUUUCCAGAAAAAGCAAGCUGGGAUUGACGUCUGUCACCUCAUAUUGCAUCCAGUCCUGUCGCGUCAACAAUGAGACUAAGAAACCUAUGCAAUCUACCUUAUUACGCAGUAAAGUAAUAACUACAAGCGGGUAUUUACUUUAUAAUUACACAAAAAUCUGUCCUUUACAGUGAACUCAAAGCUGUAAGCUGAGCGUACAAGUGCAGUGUUUCCAUUCGUUUGGUGGUAGGUCGAAUAGGACAAAAUAUCAUAGCGUUUAUCACAUGGUGCUUUAAAAAAAAAUGUCAGAAGACUGUUUAUGAAUAAAUUAAACCUACAAAGCCUUUGUGUAUAACAUUAUAUGAAGUAAAGCACUUACAUGAGAAACAUUUACCAGGAUAAAAAUGACCAGGUGAAACAAACAUUUGACUACCUUGCCCAGUUUUCAUCUCACGGUUCCCAGAGUUAUGUAUAUAAACAAUCUUGCUGUGAAAUGCAGACAUAAGCAAUAAAGGGACAAUGGCAAUUUAAAUGUGUUGGUCACUGGGGCAUAUAAACUGCCAUAAAUGCUGGAGAGUAAUAUUCUACAAUAUUCUGAAAAUUGUUGCUCCUGUUUGACACACAGCCAUGCAUUUCAGAUUCUGACAAGCCAAAGAGUGUCCUGGUAUUGUUUUAUUUCUCUUAUUGAUUUAUUAGCAAGUACAUUUUAAUAAGAAAUGGCAGUGACCAGAAUUGUCUGUUGAGAGCAGAUCCUUCUCCUGUUGUAAACUGGCAGGGGGGCGGGGUGUUUGAUUAUUUUCAUUUUUUAUGGAUAUGGAUAACAGGUACAGUGUAUUUUUUUUCCAGAUUAAUAAUAAAUGUGACUGAUUAACAGUUGCAACCUUUGUAAAAAAACAAACUUUUUUUGACUAUUUAUAUGAAGCAUUUAUAUUUCAAAAAUGUUGUAUGUAUUUAUUUUCUCUGAUUGUUAGAGAAGUCCAGCGUAAGAAAUAAUAUAUUUUUCAUCAGUGUCGAUUAUGUCACUCAAUCCCUUGCGUUAGUGAUGAUUAGCGAUUAUGAUUAACUUAAGAGGAAGGAAAAGGCACUAUAUUAGCAAAGUUGGUGGCAAGGCUGCUGUGUUUGCUUUAUUCAUACAAUGAAAUAGUACAAUAUUAAAGAAAGUUCUUUAUUACACAUUAGGGCUGCGGGCAGCAACCUGGGAAACCUUUGUUGUAAUUUUUUGUAAUGCUUGUACAGUGAAGUUCUCUUCUACUUUUGCUUCAGGUCAAUUCCACAGUCAGAAAUUGAAUAUACAGGAAGUGGCAACCAUCUAAUCUGUAUAAAAGUAGGAGAUGUAGAAGCACAUGGACAUCGGUGGCCACUCAAAGGCAGCCCGCUAGUCCGGAUUCCAGCCUCGGUGACAUUUGAUCAGUGUUUCCCAAUCCGGCCCUCGGGGAUCCACAGUCGGUCCACGUUUUUGUUCUCUUAGAGCUCCCUGCCAGACAGUCCGGGUUUUUUAGCUACCGGGAGCUGGGAGGGAGCAAAAACCUGGACUGUCCGUGGGUCCCCGAGGACCGGAUUGGGAAACACUGCAUUGCUGACAUGCCGGCUGUUUGCACCCCCUAUAGUGCCUUGCCUAAAACGCCUGAUGAAUGUCGCACUGCCUCCUCCUUACCGUGUUGGUCAGGAAGCACAGUUUCAGCCUCACUAACUGCCCAUUCUUGAUCUCUCUAAACAUCCACAUAUCAAAUAAGGUACAUUUCCAGCAGACGGAGUCGGAGAUAAUUUACUGUUGAAUAUGGGGUUCAGUUCUGGUGAAAACCGAACCGUUUUACCCACUUAGUUCAAAGUAAAUAAACUGCACAGUUUAGCGAUGAAAGGAGGGCAGACGGAGUAAACAACAGCUCCAGGAAAACAAACCCGAAUCCCCGAUUGCAGGUUUACCAAGGUACUGUACAGAGCUGCCCCGGUUCUCCUUCCUCUUGGAUGGAUCCCGGAAAAAAAGCCCAAAAUCCUUCAAACAAAUAACUUGUCUUGGAGCAGAGAAACUUCAUUCAAUCAAAUCACCACAAGAGUUUUCCUAAGCUUUUACUAACAAAUUACCCCCCCUCCCUCCUUCUUGGUUACGGAAAUGUUUGUCAGCAUUUAAGUAACAUAAAGUUAAAUUAUGUUUAAAAUAAGCUUGAAUUAUUAUUAAAUUAGUUUUGAAGACAAAGGCCAUGGCAUGGCAAUUUGACUGAAUUAUUGCAGAAAUUAUGUGCCACAUGUGAUGACUGUAAUAUGGGCAAUCAUAUAAAGUUCAGAGCUGUAAUAAUGGAAUAUCAGUGUAGUCUUUACAGUCACAGAUGGUUAAUGCAAGGCCUGCUCCUUACGAUAAAAAGUAACAUUUCAUUUCUUGUUACUUUCCAUGCUUUGGAGAAAACAUUCACACAGAUUCUUACACUGCGUCUUUCCUCAGUUUCAGGUGUACCUUCUCCAAAAGUGGUACAGUCACUGUUAGACUUUUACAAUCUGUCGACAAGCCCAGUUAUCAGUGUUGUGCAGGCGAAAUAAAUUAAUUCAAUUAAAAUCAAGACAAUUUAUGCUUGUCUAAAGGUACCAAAGAUUCCCAAUUUUUUGCCGGGACUGUGUGUUUGUAAGUGUUUUAUGCUUUGCUGAGUUCAAGAUAAAAUUUACAAGGAUACAAAUAAGACCUGAUAGGUAAACAUAUUAACUACGGUUUGGGAUAACCUAUCAAAUUCAUUUAAGAAAUAUUUCUGAACACCUGAUUUUUAAAAUUCUUUAUACUAUGACAUGCUUUUGUACCUUGAUUGGAUCAGAUUUUGGGAAAAUAAAACAAACUGAAACUCCCAAAAGGUAUGCAUUGGUAAUCUACCGCCAUUAUCCAGCAUAAAAGAUCAUCUUAUAGUUUACUGCAACUAUAACAGCAGCCAAACAUUGUUUACAAAAUGUUUACAAACCACAAGCCUUUUUGAUUUAUAUAUAGGUAGAUGUUUGUAUGUUUGACAAUACGUAUGCUUCAUGCUUUUGAAUUAAUUGUUAUUUUGGGCUCUUCCAUAUUGUACAGAAGUUUUUGUAUGUGUUUGGGUCCGGUUCUGUUUUAUCCUAAAGCAUAAUUGAUGCCAAAUAACACCUUCAAAAAGGGCCAGUUUUAUACAGGAAAUGAGGGAUAAUUUCAUGAUUGCAUUUUGUUUCAAAAUAAAUUUCAAAAUAAAAGUUGCUUUUGGCAUGUUA